AAUUCAAAGUCUCUCUGCUGCAGCAAUGGCGGCUCCCAUGUCCUGGAGGAGGCUGGUGCAGUCUGUGUACACACCGGCCGUCGCCGGGGUGUUCACCCGAAUAUCGGACCGACUCUUCCGCACACGGGACAGGAGAGGAGGGUCCUCGGUGCUGCUGCUGGCUCCCCUCCUGGCUGAAGCCGACCCGGCUCCCAGACGUGUCUCCAGGCCCACCGGGUCGGCAGGAGCUCAGGGCACAGACGGUCUCUGCACCCACUUCCGAUGGAUGGCAGAGCACGUACCCGCCUUCCGGGUGCCCGGCACCCACAUCCACAUCCUCACCUCACCUGACCAGUUCUACCAGGCCAUGAAGGCACGAAUCAAGACUGCACAGAGGCGAGUGGUCAUGGCCUCGUUGUAUCUGGGAACAGGUCAGCUGGAGCAGGAGCUGGUGGACUGUAUGGAGGAAGCUCUACAACGCUCACAGGAUAACAUUCAUGCUCCUGAUCUAAAAGUCAACAUAUUGCUGGACUACACACGCGGCUCCCGAGGACAGAUUAACUCGAGGACGAUGCUGCUGCCGUUGUUGCAGCGCUUCACCUCUCAGAUGCGGGUGUCUCUGUACCACACUCCAGACCUGAGGGGGCUGCUGCGGCUGCUGGUCCCGCAGCGCUUCAACGAGACCAUCGGAGUCCAGCACAUCAAGGUCUACCUGUUUGACGACAGCGUUAUCAUCAGCGGGGCCAACCUGAGCGACUCGUACUUCACCAACAGACAGGACCGCUACGUGCUGCUGGAGAACUGCAGGGAGGUCGCCGACUUCUUCUCUGACCUGGUGGAAGCCGUGGGAGACAUUUCCCUGCAGCUGCAGCCCGACGACUCGGUCACCAUGUUGGAGGGCAUGGUGCACCCGUACAAAGGCAACAGGCAGGACUUCUCGGUGGUGGCGAGGAAGCGGAUCAUGGAGGUGGUGAACGCAGCCCACGUGAGGCAGCAGCUCAUGAGCCAGCCGGAGGACUCGGAGGACGAGGGGAUGAGCGAGGGGGAGGACGACACCUGGGUGUUUCCUCUGGUGCAGAUGAAACCUCUGGGGAUCCAGGUGGACGAGCAGGUCACACAGCGCCUGCUGACAGACGCCGGGCCGGACUCCACUGUGUUUCUAACAUCGGGUUACUUCAACCUGACCCGGGCGUACAUGCGGUUGGUGCUCGGGGCCGGAGCCAGCUACCGCAUCCUCACCGCCUCCCCGGAGGUCAACGGGUUCUUCGGAGCCAAAGGCGUCGCCGGAGCGAUCCCCGCGGCUUACAUCCACAUCGCCAGACAGUUUUACAACCAGGUGUGCCGGCUGGGCCAGCAGGAGAGAGUACACCUGCACGAGUACCACAGAUCGCAGUGGACCUUCCACGCCAAAGGUCUGUGGUAUUACCUCCAGGGGCAGGAUCGGCCUUGCCUGACUCUAAUUGGCUCCCCUAAUUUCGGUUACCGCUCAGUUCACCGUGACCUGGAGGCCCAAAUUGCCAUAGUAACGGAGAACGAGGAACUGCAGAGCCAGCUGCAGGAGGAGCAGGAGACGUUGUACCGGCGCUCCACUGAGGUGUCCGGCUCCACGUUUGAGCAGCCGGACCGACACGUCCAGCUGUGGGUGAAACUCGUCACUCCUCUGAUUAAGAACUUCUUCUGAGAGACGACUCAGGAGGCAGGUGGCUUUUGGUUUUCUUCGGCCCCUGAGGUUGGAGGUCUCGGAGGAGGUGGGUCCGCUCCUGCAGACGGGACAGACGGACGCACUCGAGUCUUCAGCUUCGCCUCGGAUAUAACCCUCAUCGGUGUGCGUGUGUCCCAGGAAGUGACUCUCACACAGGAGCAGAUGUAUGUGGUGCAUUCAGGGGGUAAAAACCCUCUCUUUUUGAAAAAUGUAACCUCCUGUGGUUUACCUGCACAUCUGUCACUCCGUUAGAUUAUUUAUAUAUUAACACCUGAUGUUAUCACACUGUGGAUUUCUGAUUUUUUUAGUAUUACUAACUACAACCAUUUCAAAAACUACUUCUGCUACAUGUUGCAUGUGUAAAAUAGCAAUAGAGACUACAUCAGCGAACAUCCCUGAUGUAGUGAAGACUGUGAUUGUGCACAGACGGGUGUGGUGAAGAGUUACAAUCCCUCGAGGAGCCUUAAUAACAGUUUUUAAGAGCUCUUAAAGUGAGUUUACAGCUCUGCCUUCUGCAGUAAUCAAAGCUAACUGUACAGUGUCUUUGUGUUAUUAUCUUUGUAAAUUAAAAGGAAGAUGUGGUGAGUUUUUCAAAUUUAAA